GUAAACAAAAACUUAUCUCUCCUGAGUAUUGUGUGAGGCAUAUCGUAACUACCGGAUAACAAGGUUUUGAUAUCAGAGAAACCUGCAUUCUAAUCCAGAAUUUACUGAAAGCUUCCUUCAGUUUAAAAUUUCUCCAGUGUUCUUUGUUUUUGGAAGUUCAAAAUAAUUUUUAAAGAUGCUCAAGCUUUCCUUAAUCAAUAGACUAAUUAAAAAUCCGUUGUUAGUGGCAAAAUGCUGUUAUUCGGCGUCUGCUACCGGUCCGAUUACGCAACCAGAUAUUCGUUGUACCAAGAUUUUUAUCAAUAAUGAAUGGCAGAAGUCUAUCUCUGGAAAAUCAUUCCCGACAGUUAAUCCUGCUACAGGGGAAACUAUUACUCAUGUACAAGAAGGAAAUGCUGAGGAUGUUGAUAAAGCUGUAAAGGCUGCUCAACAAGCUUUCCAGUUUGGAUCACCAUGGCGAAGAUUGGAUGCUUCAGAGAGAGGAAGAUUAUUGAAUCGCCUUGCUGAUCUCAUUGAGAGAGAUAGAGUUUACCUUGCAAGCCUGGAAACUUUGGAUAAUGGAAAACCUUAUUCUGAUUCUUUUAACAUAGAUCUUGAUCUGGUUCUUAAAGUUUACAGGUAUUAUGCUGGUUUUUCUGAUAAAAUUUAUGGCAAAACAUUAUCAGUUGAUGGAAACUACUUUUCUUAUACCAGACAUGAACCUGUAGGGGUUUGUGGACAAGUAAUUCCUUGGAAUUUCCCUUUGCUGAUGCAAGCCUGGAAACUGGCACCUGCUCUUGCUGCUGGAAACACUAUUGUUCUCAAACCUGCAGAACAAACUCCUCUAUCUGCUUUAUAUGUUGGAGAAUUGAUUAAAGAAGCUGGUUUUCCUCCAGGGGUUGUCAACAUUGUGCCUGGUUUUGGUCCAACUGCAGGAGGGGCUAUUGCUUCUCAUAAAGGAGUUGAUAAACUAGCUUUCACAGGUUCAACUGAAGUUGGCCAAAUUGUUAUGGAAGCUGCAGCAAAAUCAAAUUUGAAAAGAGUAACUUUAGAACUUGGUGGCAAGAGUCCAAAUAUCAUAUUUAAAGAUGCGGACAUGGAUAAUGCCAUCCAGUCUUCACAUGUAGGAUUAUUUUUUAAUCAAGGCCAGUGUUGUUGUGCUGGCUCUAGAAUUUUUGUUGAAGAAGACAUCUAUGAUAAAUUUGUUGAAAAGAGUGUUGAAAGUGCCAAAAAGCGCAAGCUUGGAAACCCUUUUGAUUCAAAAACAGAUCAAGGACCACAGAUUGAUGAUACUCAAAUGAAUAAAAUAUUAGACUUAAUCAAAAGUGGUAAAGAUCAAGGAGCUAAAAUGCUUUGUGGUGGUGGAAGAUAUGGGGAUAAAGGUUAUUUUGUAGAACCAACAGUAUUUGCUGAUGUUCAAGAUAACAUGAGAAUUGCAAAUGAAGAAAUUUUUGGCCCUGUUAUGCAAAUCCUAAAAUUUAAGACAAUUGACGAGUUGUUGGAAAGAGCCAAUAAAACUAUGUAUGGUUUAGCAGCAAGUGUCUUCACUAAAGAUAUUGAAAAAGCUAUGUACUUUUCAAGUGGUCUUCGAGCAGGCACAGUAUGGAUAAAUUGUUAUGAUGUAUUUUCUGCUCAAGCACCAUUUGGUGGAUUUAAGAUGUCUGGUAUUGGAAGAGAACUUGGAGAAUAUGGACUUCAAGCAUACAGUGAAAUCAAAACUGUGACAAUGAAAAUUCCCCAGAAAAACAGUUAAAAUUGUUUUAGAACAUUUAUUUUAUAAA